AUCCAGAGAAAUGUUGACUCAUUAUUAAAGUAAAUCAUUUAUCUUUGAUAAAUGAAUGACUUAAAGAUAUAAAUUUUUAAAAACAUAAUACAGCUUCAUACAUGAAAUCUUCAAGGAAUAUAUAGUUCUAUUUUUGUUCACAUGUAUGCUAUAAAAUUCAUGAGUAGAUUUUAAAGUGAUGAUGUACCAUAAUAUGUGUGUGGAUGGAUAAAUAGAUGAUAGAUGGAUGAUAGAUAGGUGAUUGAAAUAGAUACACUUGACAUAAAUGCCAGGCAUCAUUAUUCUAAGUAUUUUCCAUGUAGUAUCUCAUUUGGCCAUUGCAACAUUCCUCUAGGCAAGUAUAAUUUACUCUCAAUUUUACAGAAGAACUGAGCAACAGAGUUAAAUAGCUUUCUCAAAAUCAUGUAAUAACUGCACUUGAACUUAUACAGAAUGAAUAAUGUGUGUGUGUGUAAUUACUAUUAAUGAUUUGACCUUUUAUAAAAAUGAGAAGUGAGAUAAUUCCAAGAAAUAGUAAGGAGUGCUUUAAUAAGAUGAACAUUUUUUUCUGUGUGUUCCACGCAAUAUGGCACACAGGACUUUUUAUUAUUUGCGGACAAAAAUAUUCUGCCAAUUUUAUGAUACUCUUGUGAAACAUGCUUUUGGAUGAGUCAAUUUUCCAUUUUUAAUGAUGUGUUCACUUUUAUCUCUGAUCUGAACUGAUAAGACUGAUGACUCACCACUUCUCCUUGGAUUAAAUAAAUGUGUUCAUUGUCAGUUGUUUCGCUCCUGUUAUACAGAAAGCUUGCUUGGCUUUUUGUGAUCCACGUCUGUAAGUCCUUCUAGUUAUUUUCUUUGAUUUGGAUCAAUCACCACAGUUGCCAUGAUCACCCCAGAGCAGCAUGAUGGCAGACAUGAUAACUGGAAACACAGGACAAUUUGCAAGUUGAAAAAAUGCUGGAUGUUAUACCUUUGUAUGUUCAUCAUAUUUCUCAUAGUGGUCAUUCUUGUGAUAGCAGUAUUUUUCAAAUGUCCCAAAACUGUGGAAUGUUCAGGUGAAUGGAUUGGAGUAAGAAAGUAGUGUUUCUAUUUUUCCAGUGAUACCAAAAAUUGGACAGCCAGUGAACAAUUUUGCCUUUCACAGGGAUCAGAACUUGCUCAUAUUGAUACACAAGAGGAUAUGGAGUUUUUGAGGAGACAUGCAGGAACUUUUAUGCACUGGAUUGGAUUGAACAGAAAACAAGGAGAAUCUUGGAAAUGGACAAAUGUUACCAUAUUCAAUACUUGGUUUGAAAUUAGUGGGAAUGGAUCCUUUGCUUUUCUGAAUGCUGAUGGAGUCCAUAGUUCUAGGGGAUUUAUUGAUAUUAAGUGGAUUUGCAGCAAACCUCAAUUUUAAUUGAGCAAAAAAACUGGAAAAUGACUAUCACACUUCAGAGAUAAAGAAAAGGCCUAGGUAGGCAAUAGUUCUCACUAGUUAUGCUGCUGAAUACUGAAUUUUACAGAUUUUAAACAAAGGAAUUAAAAACUGUUGAAUGAAAGAACCUCAUCAAAUCAAGACACACAACUGCCCGUUAUAAGCACAAAUCAGGAAACUUUUACUAAAGAGAAGCAAAUAAAGUAAUGACAAAUAAUUAGAUGACCUGCAACUGCAAUAAUGAUUUUAAGCAAAUUUAAAGAGAUCUAUGUUGAUAGGUCAGCCAACAUUUACUUAGCUUAAGAGUUAGAGAAAUAUAUGUGUUCCAAAUGUGUAAAUAUUACAAAAUACUAACAAUAAUAACUUUGGUGAAAAGAAAUGUUACAAGAAAAUAACCUAUGAAAAGACAUUCACUUCAAUGACAUAAAAACAAGGAAAAACCCACCCAUAAGGAUCCUAACUCUAUCAAUAAAAAUCACUGAUAAAUUA